CGCCCGCUCAGCCGUCAGUCUCGUACCGCGCUCGCAGCUUCUCGGACCUCGGAUUCGAUACCAGUGAUGUGCCUGUGAACAUGAGAGAAGUGUGUGUUGUGAACAAGUGUGCGAGCGGCGAGCGCCGUCCGCCGUCAUGUGGAGAUUGCUGAUGCCCCUUUUAGCGCUCGUCGCGCCCGGCGGCGGAUCCUUUUCCCCCAACAGGGAACUCCUCGAUUGUGCUAGCCAGAUACUAUACAUGGACCAAUACGCGUAUCAGCUUCCAACCAAUUACAGCAGAAACAUUCCACCAGGCAAGAACACCACUGUAUACAUAGGAAUAAACGUGAAUCGAGUGUCUGGUGUCGAUGAAAAUAGAGAGGAGAUAACACUGGAUGUAUUCCUGCAAGUUUCGUGGGAGGAGAUACGCCUGAAUGUGCCGCCUGGAAGGCCGUUUAUCGAUCUGCCAUGGGAGUUUCGUCAGCUCAUAUGGACGCCGGACCUGUACAUCUGGCAGCUUCAGACUAUGAGAAUACUUUCUGUUCUACAGGAGAUGGCCUCUUUACGGCUUUAUGCCAAUCGCACCGUGUCAGUCAGUAUUGGUGCCACAAUAACAAUAAAAUGCGAGAUGGACUUCGUGCUCUACCCCUUAGAUGUACAGAACUGCGCAAUAGACUUUAGCAGUUACAAAUACACAACUGAGGACGUCCGUUUCGAGUGGAGGGAAGUCGCCCCAUGGUUCGGGAUCGCCGGGGAGCAGCGACACGAGUUCCGGCUGCCGAAAUACGUGGUCACCUUCGUCACGGACAAAAGUAAUCAUAUUCGAAAUUUUGGUGAAGGUGAACACUCAGCAGCACGGCUACAAAUCAAGCUCUCGCGAGAGCUCAGAGGUUAUUUGCUGGAGAGCUACCUUCCUUCUUCGCUGUUCGUUAUCAUCUCCUGGGGAAGUUUCUGUGUCAUUCCCGAGAUUGUACCAGGAAGAAUGGUACUCCUGGUGACUACAUUACUUUCACUCGUCACGAUGUUCGAUACAGUGAGCACGAACUCUCCUGAUGCAUUAGAACUGAAAUGCAUUGAAGUAUGGCUGAUCUCAUGCACGUUAUUCGUGUUCCUUGCCCUGCUGGAAUACUUUGUGGUCUUGUUCGGGAUCCGGUACGACAAGAGCUGGAGUCGACGGCGGCAGGAUUUACGGCGAGCUGCCUCCGCAGCGCAACUUGCACCACCUUUACAUAUGAAUCAUUCACAGAGGUUAAGUACCCCAGUGACUGGUACACCCCAAGGCGGCGUCUUCUCACCACAACUGAGUGUCGAAGACGAGGGCCUCAAACAACAGUUUUCACAUCAAACUAUUCAGAGGUCCACCUCUUCGGAAAGAAGGAGUUGGAGAGGAAAUAGAGUUGGAUGUGAGACGAGACCCGUUAGUAAGGACUCACCAAUUCUGGAAGCGAUACCACAAUCUGGGAGCGCAAACGGCGUUUGGGCGCGCAUUUGCACGUCUGCCGAAAAAGGUGUCAUGUUCUGUGGUGCACAGCACGGCGCUUUAGACAGAUACGCGCUUAUUGUGUUUCCACUGUGCUUCAUACUUUUCACAGUGAUUUAUUGGACCACUUACCUCAGUGAGGCACAUCGAGCGAUGCAUAGUACGCGCUACGGGUGACCCUAGAUUAAUACAUAUAUAUUUAUGUGAAAAGUGCCUGAUAAGCAGUUCAAUUUAAAAUUAAACUGUUACUUAUAGGUGCAUUCAAAAACGUCCAUAUCUAUUUGAGUCAAUAUCAUAGUAUACAAAACAUGAAACCCUGUUAUUUUUUAUUUAAAUCUAGCUGAUAAUUUACAAGAACUAUCUAGCUACAGAAAUCUGUACAAAUUUACAUUUGAAAUUCCGCUAAAGAUCUUGCAUAAGUACCACACUUAACUGGUGACCUGUAACUUGUAAAAGCGAUCCGAAGUGUUUAUAUGCAAUUUCGUUAUUAUUUCAAUAUCUGUACGAUAUCACCAACUGGGGAUUGCAUUGUACCAAAACUCAAUAUAGAAGUCGGGAUCUUGUCGCUCUUUCUAUGUUCGUUAAUACUGUGUAGUGUGUAGCUUCUUACAUGCCACUCGUGUUACGUGUACCUAAUGUGUAGGCGCGAUGAAUGUUUACUUUUCUAAACAUUUUUGUUUCGUAAUAUUUAACAGGGUUUUAUUUCGGUAUAUUGUACAUAUUAUAUGGCAUAGAUUUAUAUAGGAAAUUAAGUAUUUGAAAAAGUAUCUAAGACAAUAUUAUCUAUACAAGUGUACUUAAAAGUUGACGAAAUUAUAUUCUUAAGAUAGAUUUAAUGUUGCCAUUUAAAAAUAACAUAGCACUCUUAUAUUUAAACUAGAAGGCACGAUAGUUGUAUACCCGUUUUAAUUUUUAUUUCUACAUUGACCAAGGACAUAUUAUGUUUUAGGUUAUCUUUUUUCCUCUAGGGUAAGAACUAAGAAUUGAGAAAUAUUUGGCACUUAAUGUAAGUCACCUCAAAAUAGGUAAAUCUUAUUCUAGUCAAAUAUUAAUUAAUCAGUACCGUCCACAUUAACCGUCCAAGAUCAAUCGUAAAAUUGGCGUUUUCAUUGUCUUAU